CGACUGCCCCAAACCCCCGCCAAGAAUCCGCCGCCGGCCUUCAUCUUCCCCGCCAACUCCCCGUCUCUUUCUCUCUCUCUCUCUCUCUCUCAAGCUCCUCUACAACCUCCAGCCACCUCUCCACCACCAACACCGCCGUUACCUCCAGUCCCUGACCAAGCCCGCACCACCCUCCGCCUUCAACCCUCAGCCGCCCAACUCCUGCAGCCCCACUUCGCCUCAGCCGCCUCCAGAUAGAGCGCAGCGCAAUCUUUGCUCCCCAUAAUCUCCUCUUCGUCGCCGUCGUCGUCGUCGUCUUCGCUGUGUAGGGAUGCCUCGGCCGGAGUUACAAGCGCCGCCGGAGAUCUACUACAACGAAUCCGAGGCUCGCAAGUACACCACCUCUUCUCGUAUUGUUGACAUUCAAGCUAGGAUUUCUGAGAGAGCCCUGGAGCUUCUCAACUUGCCCAACGACGGAGUCCCUCGUCUCCUUCUCGAUAUAGGCUGCGGAUCAGGGCUCAGUGGGGAGACCUUGUCUGAGAAUGGGCAUCACUGGAUUGGCUAUGAUAUUUCACAAUCGAUGCUAAAUGUUGCGGUGGAGCGUGAGGUGGAAGGUGAUCUUUUGCUUGCUGAUAUGGGUCAGGGUUUAGGGUUGCGACCUGGGGUUAUUGAUGGUGCCAUAAGUAUCUCUGCAGUUCAGUGGUUGUGUUAUGCUCAAACAUCUUCUCAUGAGCCAAGGUUGAGAUUGAAAGCUUUCUUUGGUUCACUAUAUAGAUGCCUAGCUCGGGGGGCAAGAGCAGUGUUGCAGCUGUAUGCUGAAAAUAUGGACCAGAGUGAAAUGAUCAUGACCUAUGCUAUGCGUGCUGGAUUUGCAGGUGGUGUGGUUGUUGACUAUCCCCACAGUACGCGGGCCAGGAAGGCUUAUCUUGUUCUCACUUGUGGUCCACCUUCAACACAAACAACGCUCCCCAAGGGCAAAGGUGAAGAUGGAGAGAUGUGCAGCGAUGACAGUGAUGAAAGUGCUGAUGACGAAAAUCAAACAGUUGGUAUUUAUGAACGAAACAGGCCGAAGAAGAGGUUGAAAGUGACGAAGAAAGGGGGGAGAGGGAAGCAAUGGGUACUGAAAAAGAAGGAACAAAUGAGGAAGAAGGGCCAUACUGUACCUCCUGACACCAAGUACACGAACCGUAAAAGAAAGGCUCGCUUCUGACUGCUGCCGUCGAGCAACGUAUUCCUCCCUCAAUGCAAGAUGAUCAUAAGGAUGAUGAAUGCUCCUCUUCUGUGGAAUCAACUGACGUCUGAUGGUUUGCUUCCAAUUUGAAUUUUGGCGUGCAGGGUGUAAUACAACCAAGAGGUUACUAUGAGCGCCUCGUAUCAAUAUGUUUUUUUUGUUGCGGAAUGGAAUAUUUUUCUCCCCCUUUCUUUCGUGAAGUGAUUAUCUCUAUUUAUAUGAGAUUUGACAAAUUUCAAGCCCAUUCAUUUGAGCUCUUCUUUUGA